AUGAGUUUUGAAGCAGUUCCCUGUAUGUUUCGGUCGGUCCAGGGACCGGCAGAAACAGAGUACUUAGGGCUACUAAUCCGACCGGCACCUCCUGGAGCUCAGCAAAAUGGGAAUCCACCGCCCCAACCUCUUAAGAUUCAAGGAGUUUAUAAAUCAGGGGCUCCAAUAACCGUUAGUGGAGAGCACGCACCUAAGCUGCUGGUACCGGCGAAUGUGCAAGUUAGAGUAUCUUCCUCUAGUGGCGAACCUACUUUGUGCACUGAGCCGUCUUCCUCCCAAGGUUCAAAUGUGCAAGCAGCAACAUCAACGACUGGAGGGCCUCAUUUACCUCACCAUGUAAUUGGGCCGAAUCGAAGCACUUCUGUAAGUUCAACAUCUCCAAUAGCCGAUUCUUCAUCUUCAAUGUCUCCUGCACCCACUUUAUGCUCCAUGACUAGCAACAACGGUCAUUUUCGUAACCAGGGAGAUGGUAGAGGUAACAGCCGGUUAUCGCGGCAGUGGCACGGAUCUACUGUUAGCGAUUCUUCCACCACUCCUGAUUCCGGAAUUCAAUCUAUUCCAAAUUCACCUCCAGGACCUCAUACACUUUCUCCUCCAAAUAUAGAGCCAUGCUCCUCAUUAUGUGAAGAAAUACCGGAUGAGGAAGAUUAUGCUGAUAUGCCUCAUCUCGUUGCAGCUGAUGAAGAUGAGGAGUGUGUGCCUGGUCCAAGUGGUAUCAAAGAAGAUUUGAAUGAAACCGAAUGUGAUUCGACCCUGCCUUCUGCAAUUUCUAUAACAAAUACAAUGGACUCCAAAGAAAUUGUUGAGCAGCUUUUCCAGUUAGAUCCAGAAAAAGCCCACGCUAUUGCUCGCUUAAUUAGUUUGAAAACGCAGAAUCGCAAACCCUCAGAAGAUGACAAAGAAGUUAUGCAAAGAAGUCGAUCUCGCAGUGCAGCGAGCGACGAAGGAGCUGAGCUUAAAGUUAACUCGAAAAACGAUCCUCCCCAACUUUCAAGAGUCGAUACUACUUUCUUGGACGUUCCGAAGAAAGAAACACUUCCUGAUGUCACGUCCCCAGAGGAGUCGAAAAGAAUUUAUCGUGAGGCAGUUCGAAAGCAUUUGAGAAAUCAGUUGAAUAAACUUCUGGAAAAUGUGCGUGGUUCUGUUGGCAAUCUUUCUAUCACGGAGAGAAAUAUGAAAAGAUCAUCAGCAGAAGCUAAAAAGCCUUUCGAAGUUAAUUGGGAUGCUGUUCGCAAACGUUUGAAAGAGGGAGAGAAGAAGGAGAAAAGUGAAAGAAAAAGAAGAAACAGUCUCUCUACUCGACCUAAGAAGGAAGAUGUGCCUGUCAAACAGAAAAGGAGGAAAACAAUAUCGACUCAUACGGAGAUUUCAACACCCAAGGAAAUCAAGAACAAUAAUAAACUCCCAACAAGGACAACUUCUAAGAGAAGAAGUGAAGAUGUACCGUCCUACGUCGAUGAUUUCAGCUUCUUGGACCGUAGGUCGGAAAGCAGUAAUGAUGAUAUUAAGAAGAGCUUCUGUUUCACACAACUUCCUUGGAAUUCUCCCAUAGUUCAAUGUGGUUGUUCGAGGGGAGCUUGUACCUCAGAUGCAGAAUGUGUUAACCGAGCUCUUUGUGUGCAAUGUCCACAAACUUGUAAAGCAUCACUUUGUGUGAAUAAGAAAUUCUGGCGUGAGGAUAUUGCAAGACAUUUAAUAUUAGCAACUGUGCGUAAUAAACGCGUCUUGAAGACUCGCCAAGCAAAAAGAGCAGGAGAUUUCUUGGGGGAGUUUGCCGGCGAAGUUAUAAGUUACGAGGAAGUUUUGAGACGAAUAUCAACGUAUCGUUCUGAUGAUGUUAAACCAUGUGUUAUUUCCUUGUCUGCCACGUUAUACAUUGAUGCUACCAAAAAAGGGAAUAUUAUACGUCAUGUAAGACAUUCUUGUAGACCUAACUGUAGACUAGAAGUUUGGUCUAUCAGUGGAAGAAGAAGAGCUGGUCUCUUUUCCUUGUUUGACAUAGCUACAGGUUCUGAAAUAACUGUCGACAUGAAUGGGCUUCUUCCUUUUGAACAAGAAUGUUCCUGUGGCUCUUCCAAUUGUACAGGCAUUAUUAAGCGUUCAAGAAAUUCGGUUCUUGCUGCAACAUCUGAUGUUUCUGGUACCGAGAAACAAGAAAUCAAGAAACACAAUAUUUUCUUGAUUCGCAAUCGUUCAAGUACUAUUCGCUGUGCCAAGAGAAGACUUUUGCCUCUUUCGUCAGUUGUUCCUGAAAGUUUGUAUGAAAAACUUAGAAAGGUGGUGGAAGGAUUAGAACUAAGAGUAAGAAGAAUAGAUGGAUCUCUGCCUUAUAAGGCUUUGAGAGAGUAUGGUGCUCUCAGACGGUUUUUGAAAGACAUCCGCCUAGGAAGAACUAAAGAUAACAUCAUUGACACUUUCAACUAUAUAAUGGAUCGUUGGCUCGAAAGACUGAACGAUGAUGACUAUGAUCGUGUUUUCCAAGCAUUAUCAAAUCAUUAUCUCUCAUCUUCCUUGGCUUCUGAUUCUAGAGAAAAGAAAGGAGGACUUGGUAAAUCGAAAAAUCGUGAUGUAAACUUGGCAUAUUUGGAUGUCGGAGAGCCGGUUGGCAGUUACGAUCCAGAUAGUGCUUGGCCCACUGGACAUGCUCGAGAAGGAGAUGAUGCUGUUCGAUGUGUCUGUGGAUCUUUGGAAGAGGAUGGUCAAAUGAUGCAAUGCGAUGAGUGCCAUUUCUGGUUACACACUGAUUGUCUGGAAACAGUCGAUGAUAGCAGCGAUUUCCAAUGUAAAUUCUGUUCUGGUGCAAUUAAAGAUAUUCCCUCCACUGAUGUCAUACUUGCUAAGCAGCCUGAGAUCAGAUUCAUUGGAUGUGAAUAUUACAAAGCUUUAAAUAACAAUAGAAACAUUCAAGUUCGGCUCAAUGAAUCUGUAUUUGUUGAGAAGACGACUGGCGAUCAACAUAAAAAGCUCUUGAAACUAUUAGUAGAGAAUGUUGGGAAAAACAAGAAGAAAGAUGUGGUUGGAGAAGAGUAUCGUGGUUUCCCUCCACCUAGUAAUGAAGUUAUCGCUCAUAAGCUCUACGACAGAAAGAAUUUGAGAGCUUUCCGUGUUGAACGGCUUUUUGUUGCGCCGACUGGCCAUCGCUUUGUUUUUGGUUUCUACUAUGCAAGACCUCAUGAAACUAUUUGCGAUCCAAACAGAAUUUUUCAUAGAAACGAGAUAUUCGCAACUCGUUUCUAUGACACGUUGCCUUUGGAUUCCGUAGUCGGUCGCUGUAUCGUGUUAGAUCCAGAUGUCUUUUGUAAAGGACGUCCGCUGUUCCCUAUGUUCAAAGAAGAAGAUGUUUUCCUCUGUGAAUAUCAAAUUGAUCGUCAGCAGAGAUCUUUUGAGAAAAUUCCGAUUCGUCACAGAUUCCCUAUAAAUACACAACCAUACGUAUUUCAAGAUUUUCCAGAGGUCAAACCUUUGAUCCGAGAUUUCACGCCGUUCUUGGUCAGUGAGCGGGGAUGCAAUAGCGCUAGUGGUCGAGUAUCAAGAUCCGAUUCAGCAAAAGGAGAACAGCAUUUAAAGAGACAGGCUGAACUGCGUCUCGAAAAUGCGAUUUCAAACAUAGCAUUGAGUAAUAAUAAAAUCGAAAAACGUAAGAAGAAAGUUUAA